ACUUCCUAAACAUCGCUCUUGGAUCUCCCACUUUUCUCUCUCCUCCCUUCCUCUCCUUCAAAAUCAAAACCAAAAAUAGCAAAAAGAAAGAGAGAAGCACACACUCUGUGCGUGUGUGCGUGCACUGCUCUAGCCUUCUUUACACAGAGAGAGAAGAGAGAGAGAGAGGGAUGGGGGACUGUAACUGUAAGCGAAUGGCGGCCAUGGACGACUCAGCCACAGGCGUGUCGAAGAGGAGAAAAUUCAGAGCUUCUUCAUCUCCGCACAAGCAACGCUUCUCACACUCAGAGGCGCCAUUGCCGCCAAGUCCACCAAUGCUUCAUCUCCGCCCCUCUCGUUCUCCUCAGCUCCUGAAUUCCUCCGAUUCUUGGUCGAGCUUUUGCUCUGAUCACUCUCCUCCUUCCUCUUGCUGCUCCAGCAAUGAGCUCAACGACGUCGUCGUCUCCCACAGCUCGCCGCUCCUAGAUCUGGAGGCCAAGAGUUUCGAAACCGUCCACCCCAACUCUCCUUCGGUCAACAAUAAAUUCAGAGAAACGACGCCGUCCAGCGAGCUGUGCUUAGGCUCCGACGAAAUGGAAUCGCAGGCGCCGGCGGUGUAUCUCCGACGGGGACAACUCCCGGUGAGCGAAGCUCCUCCGAGUGAUGAGAUCGAAGAGUUCUUCGCCAUGGCCGAGAAGUACGAGCAAAAGCGCUUUGCAGAGAAGUACAACUAUGACAUCGUCAAGGAUGUGCCUUUGGAGGGCCGUUACCAGUGGGUUCGUUUGAAGCCAUAAGCAAGCAGCAUUCAGUUAGCUACGCGAGAGAGAGAGAGCAGAAGAGAGAGAGGGAAAGAAUAAACUGACACUAGGUAGGACAGAAAGUUGCAUGCAACUUCUAAUUUUAUGCUUUUGUUUUGGAGCUAUAGAGGUCUGGGUUCUAGCAUAUAUGCACGGAGGAGGGUUUGAAUUUAAUUUGGGUUUUUAUUUGUACA